AUGGAAUCAACAAAAGCAACUGAAGAGAAGCUAUCUUCAGAUGAUUCAAAUUCAAUCACUGACAAGACCUUAAGUAACAGUGAUAUUAAUGACAAACUACACGACACGUCAAUAACCAAAUCAGAUUCAGAUACAGAAUAUUCUCAUGUUCUGCUGCUGCUGCCACCACCACCACAACUGCCGCCAGAUUCAUCAUCUAUUUUACAAGAACCAAUAUUGUUAGAUAUAACCCCAGUCACAUCUAGAAGUAAAGCUGGAAAUGAAUCUGAUGAAUUCUUAUUAUAUUCAGAUUCAGAUGUCGCUUCUCAAAGUUCUUUGGAUGUUAAUACUCAUACUCCCCGCCAACAAAAAGAUUCACUUAGUCCUAGAACUAUACUCAGCCGGAGGAAUCAAUCUAUUAGUUCCGAAGAGGAUGAACUUCUACUUCUACGAUCUAACCGUAAGGAAAGGGGUGGAGCACACUUUGGUUCUCGAAAAUCAAGAAAAGGGUCCACCACAUCGGGGGAAAGUCCAAGCACACCAAAUAGUAAUAGUACAAAAAAACCAAGAAGAUCAUCUCGUGGUAGAAGAGGAAGUGGCGAUUCUGAUUCAGUAGCAAUGGCAAGUGGAACAACAACAAGUCGUUUUGGAUUUUUCUCUUAUGCUUCCUUUAGUUUUCUGCAGUAUCGUGGUUCACUUCGAUCUCAUCGAUCAGAAUUUUAUGGAACAGGAUAUACAUCAAUGCCAGCCAGUGGGAAAAUUUUUAGAAAUUUAUUAAUUUUAGAAGAAAGUUUACGAGAACAAGUUAUUCAACAACGAGCAAUGAGAAGGAAAUAUUUAACUUUUUUAUCGAUAUUAUGUUCAAUUAUUGCAUCGAUAGUUCAUCAUUUAUUUAUUUUGGAUUCGGGGUUAUCAUCAACUGGAACCCAGCGGGUUAUAUUACAAUUCUUGUUGUUUAUUACGAUAAUUACCCUUUUAUUAUAUCAUUUAUCAGGUGAAUAUCAAAAAACAAUUGUCGUACCGAGAAAAUUCCUUUCUUCGACAAAUAAAGGAUUACGACAAUUGAAUGUUAGAUUGGUGAAGAUAAAAACUCCUUUCAUUGAUAAAGUAACUGAUUUAAUUCGUGAAAUCCUGUUAUAUAUCGUGAAUAUCAAUCUUGAUUUCUUUCAUAAAUUAUCCCCCAUGUCAAUUCAAAAUCGAAAUUCUAAAAUUGAGGUGUUUUUAGUUGGAUGUCAAUCACAAUGUCAACCCCGGAUUGGAGUUACUGAUGUUAAAUUGGUCUUGAACCCAAGAAACAAAUUAUGA